UUUCUUAACCAACUUCAAGCAAACUUGGCCAUGGAGUUCUUCCAUUCCGGCUUAAUCCUCUUUAUUACUCUUUUCCUUUCUGUAUAUCUACCUUACCUCUUUCGCUAUAAAUCCAAAUCUUCUCAUGCCAACCUUCCUCCAGGCAAUAUGGGCUUGCCAUUCAUAGGCGAAACCCUGGAGUUUCUCAACACCGGCCGAAAGGGUCAUCCUGAGAAGUUCAUUUUUGACAGAAUAGCCAAAUACUCCUCCCCAAUCUUCAAGACUUCAAUCUUAGCUGAACCCACUGUUGUUUUUUGCGGUGCAGCUUCUAACAAGUUCUUGUUCUCCAAUGAGAACAAGCUUGUCGAAUACUGGUGGCCAGAUUCCGUUUAUAAAAUUUUCCCUUCAUGCGCACAAACAUCUUCUAAAGAAGAAUCCAAGAAGAUGAGGAAGAUGUUACCCAGCUUUGUAAAGCCAGAGGCCUUGAUAAAAUACGUUGGAACGAUGGAUUCCAUUGCCCAGAGGCAUUUUCAGGCUUGUUGGGAAGGCCAAGAACAACUUAAAGUCCUCCCUCUUGCAAAAAAAUACUCCUUCUGGGUUGCAUGCAGAAUUUUCUUAAGCCUGGAGGAUCCUGAGCGUGUUGCAAAAUUUGCUGAUUCUUUUAAUGUUUUGCUUCCAGGACUCGUUUCUCUUCCUGUAAAUUUUCCAGGGACGCCAUUUAACCGGGCCAUCAAGGCAUCGAAUAUGAUAAGGAAGGAGUUGAUAGCCAUUAUCGAACAAAGGAAGGUUGAUCUUAAGGAAAAAGAAACGUCUCCUGUAGAUAUAUUGUCUCAGAUGUUACAGGCACCAGAUGAAAAUGGUGAGUACAUGAAUAAGUUAGACAUGGCUGAUAAAAUUCUGGGUUUAUUGAUCGGUGGCCACGAUACAGCCAGUACUGUUAUUACCUUCAUCGUCAAAUAUCUCUCUGAACUUCCUCACAUAUACAACCAAGUUCUAGAGGAACAAAUGGAGAUCGCAAAAUCGAAAAAGCCUGGAGAGUUGUUGAACUGGGAAGACAUUCAGAAAAUGACGUAUUCCUGGCGUGUUGCAUGUGAAGCCAUGAGACUUGCCCCCCCAUUUCAGGGUACUUUCAGGGAAGCCAUUAACGACUUUGUCUUUCAUGGCUUCUCCAUUCCAAAGGGCUGGAAGCUGUAUUGGAGUGUAAAUUCAACACACAAGGAUCCAGAAUGUUUUCCAGAGCCAGAAAAAUUUGAUCCUUCAAGAUUUGCAGGAAAUGGACCAGCUUCAUACACAUUUGUUCCGUUUGGAGGAGGACCUAGAAUGUGCCCUGGAAAAGAAUAUGCUCGUUUGGAGAUACUUGUGUUCAUUCAUAAUGUGGUGAAAAGGUUCAGCUGGGAGAAGCUGGUCUCUGAUGAGAAAAUUAUUGUGGAUCCAAUGCCUGUGCCUGCUAAAGGAUUGCCCGUUCGCCUUAUUCCACACAAACACGUUGAUUAAGAAUAAAACUAUUUGUUCAAAUAAACUGCAUAAAUUUAUAUGUAUAAAUUGAAAUGACAAUUUGUGAUUGGAUGAUAUAAUUAUUUAUUGUUUCUCUUAUUUUAAAAUCAUCCAAUCAGAAGUUACCAUCUCACCUUAUACAAAUAAAUUUAUACAAUUUAUUUGUAUAUAUAGUAUUACUCAUUUUUUAAUUACAUGACAUAUAGAACUUAACCGGUUCUAUUAUCUUUCUGAGUAAUGCUAUGUACAUACAGUUUUAAAUGCAUAAUCGAGUAAUAAAAUGAUGUGUCAUCAUGUGAUAGGCGUUAUUUUAUCCUUCA